AUGCAAAAAAAAAAAAAAAAAAAAAAUGUAAGAGAUGUUUUUGAACAUCUUCUUCCCCAUUAUAUUUUGUACCAAAUUUUACAUCUCUCUCCGCCCCUCACUCUUCUCUGCACCAAGCAGCUCGAUUUAGGGCUUCACCAUUUCUCUUCGAAUCAAGGAAUUACUUUAUGGAAUGAUUGCUCUUUGUGUUGGUGUCAGUGUGGUUGGGGAUAUCUUCUGAAUAGAAUAGAGGAUCCGUAAGGGUUAUGCUCGAUUUCUAUUGACAGUUAUUCUCUGUCCAAAAAAAAAAAAUGGAGGAUGAUAAUGGACUUGAACUUAGUUUGGGUCUCUCUUUUGGUGGAUCAUCUGCCAAAGCCAAGGGUAAAAAUGGUGCUUCCCCAAAUGCUAGAGCAGAAGAAGGUGAUAGAAGCAACAAACUAGUGGAUGAUUUUAAGGACUUUCUUCAUGGUGGGGCUCAAAAACAAGAAUCUAGUAGUAGCUCUCAAAGAAGUGAUUCAGUGAAACCUAAAGAAAACUUCUUCAAUGACCUUUCCAAGGCCAGUGUUGAUGCUGAUGCAUCAAUAACCUUGAACGGGAGAGGAGUCUGGGGUGUAAACAAUAACAAGUCUGAUGAAACAGAGGAGGAAAAACGGACUGAAGCUGCUAAUAAACGCAAGAAUUUGUUUGACGAGAUGAACCAUCAAAAGAAGCAUGAGAGAGAAGCUCAUUACUCUGAUAUGCAUGACAAGACAAGAGCAUCACACAUUUCCAUUACAGAAGAUGGCUCAACUGCUGAAAAUGAAGACGUGGCAGAUUCUGAAGUGGAGGGUUCAUCCUCAGUGCCAAUUUCUCAACAUGUUGAGGGUGCCAAGCGAUUUGUUGGAUCUGGUGACUCUUCUGAUGCUCAGAAGGAAGUUUGCAGGUUUGCUGAUUCCAAGGUUGUGGACCUAAAUGGACAGAAGGGGUUCAAUAUCUCAUCAGAAAAUGAAUACAAGCUUGGGAAUAUGGCGUAUGGGAGUCCAUUCUCAGUGCAAUCAGUAAAGAUGCUGAACAUGCCUUAUUCUCUCCCGACAAAGGAAUCUAAUUCAGUUGGUGCGACCACCACAUCAGGACAUCCAAUGCAUGGGAUGAUGCAGGCGAUGCCUACGGUUACUGGUGAGCGAACAGGGACUCAACCUGUGAAUCCUAAAAACUUGCCAGUUAUGUUUGGCUAUUCACCUGUCCAGCUCCCAAUGUUGGAUAAAGAUAAUGCCUGGGGUGCGAUUCCUCAUACUCAACAAUUCCAUCCUGCCUAUGCUGGCAGAAAUCCUCCAAACUCAGCUAUGAUGCAUGUCGCUUCAUAUAAUUCAUCUGAUAUUGCACAAUAUGAUGGGAGGAUGUUAGAACGGGCAAGAGGUGAUGGCAAAAAGAAUGUCACUGAAGAGGAUGCAUCUUCUCAGGCAGAAGAAGACACAAAAAUAAGCAGCGCGAACCUCAGGAUGAAAGAGGUACCUGACCGCCCAACGGCAGAGGACUUAUCUCUUGAUUUUUCAUCUAUAAAGCCAGGUAUUGCUGCAGACAUAAAAUUUGAGGGAUCUGGUUCCUCCCCGAAUCUGCCAUGGGUUUCUACCAAAGGUCAAGGCCCAAAUGGUAAGACAAUUUCUGGUGUAACUUACCGAUACAGCACAAACCAAAUCAGAAUAGUUUGUGCUUGCCAUGGCUUGCACAUGUCCCCUGAAGAGUUUGUUCGUCAUGCAAGCGAAGAGCCUUCUAAUCCAGAAAGCGGCACUGGUUUGGCAACAUUUCCAAAUGGCAAUCCCGCUGCCUCGGCUCAGACCUGAUUCUGUACCAUGUUCGCAGUACGUUUAACCAGACUAAUAAAUAUUUACACUCGGUCUGGAAAUCCUGGCGAUGUUUUUGAACGCUUAACUCGUCUUUGUGCUUGUGUAGUAAUAACCUUCUUCAGUUCCUCUCAGUUUUCUCUCAACUGCUGCAAUCAGGAAUUGCAGGUGUAUGUAAUAAUAUUCCAUCAUUAUUCUAUUGUGAUAUGAAGGCCAAGUAUUUCAGUUCUA